AUGGCAACGCCCUUGCAUAUCAAGCGCAUGACUCGAGAGCGGACAAAUCUCGAAAAAGAAAACCCCGACUACUUUGUCCGCUUCGAGGACGACAACCUGCUCAAGUUCGAGGCCUACGUCUUGGCUCCAGAAGACUCCCUCUACCAACACAAACUGAUCAAGCUUCACUUUGAGAUCCCAACCAACUACCCCAUGGCAAGUGCUACUUACUCCAGGUUCUCAUGGAAUAUCAUAAAGCUAACAAAGACUCAAGGUACCACCCAAAGUCACAUUUGUCCAGCAUACUGGCGGAAGGAUACACCCAAACCUCUAUGUCGAAGGCAAAGUAAGCCCCCCUACAAGUCACUGUUUGUUUUCCUCAUCACCAUCAGAUCCCUCCUAGACAACGAGCCCUACAAGCACGAGCCCGGGCAGCGGAACCACGCAGAGUACAACAAGUACGUCGAGUACACGACGUGGCGCAGUCUCCUGCUCGACUACCUGCGCAACGAGAUCGCAGAGUCGGCGAAGGCCUUCCUGCAGAAGCACGUGCGGGAACGGGGGCCCAGGAUGAUCCAGGAGCUCCGGCGGCAGCAGACUGCAAACGCGCGCGCGAAGCACUUCACCUCGCCCUAUGGUGUAAGGUCAGGCAAAUCGACGGUGGAUUCGGAUUACGCGGGUCUUAUCCGGGAUCUGACAGAUGCUGUCUCGCGCACCACUGCCGACGUCACGCCUACCGCCGCCGCCGAUGUCUUGCCCGAACAGCCGUCAUCAGGGGGUGUGUUGAAGAGGCUCUGGGGUGCUGGCCAGGCCAUUAUGGGCGGCCCUAAUGAGCCGAAGGCCGCGGAUGGUCACCAGCAGAAGCGGGUCAAGACGAGCCCUCCGGAGAAUGUCGUUGACCUCGGGGAUGACAGUGCGGAUAAGGUGGUCCUAUUACCUCGGGAUCCAAAGAAGCCCGCGGAUGUUCACCAGCAGAAGCGGAUCAAGACGAGCUCUCCGGAUAAUGUCGUCGAGCUCGAGGAUAGCAGUGAGGAUAGGGUGAUUCUGUCACCUCGGGGUCCCAAGAAGUCGGCUGUGGCCAAGACCGCCGCUAGGAAGGAACCUACCAAACCUAUUGAGGUCAUUGACCUGACAUGA